AUGAGAUCCGCCAGCAUCGCGACUGCGGUGCUUGCCGCCCUGGUAGCGGGCGCUGCAAACGCUGCAACGGUAAGCGUCUCGGGUAAAGCUGAAGGGUUCGCGUCAGGCGUGACAGGAGGAGGCGACGCAACACCUGUCUACCCUGCCGACAUCGAGGAGCUCAAGACGUACCUCACAUCUGACGAGCCGCAAGUCGUGGUGCUCGAUAAGACCUUUGACUUCCUGAACAGCGAAGGCACCAAGACCGAGACGGGAUGUGCGCCCUACACCACCGAGGCUGGGUGCCAGCAAGCCAUCGAUGCUAUGGGAACUUGGUGCAGUUCUGAUGUCCCUUCGGUUGAGGUCACAUACGAUGUUGCUGCUACGGAGGGAAUAGAGCUGGGCUCAAACAAGACCAUCAUUGGUGUGGAGGACAAGGGUGUCAUUAUUGGCAAAGGGUUCCGAAUGACUAACGGUGCAUCCAACAUCAUCAUCCAGAACAUCAAGAUCGAGAACUUGAACCCUCAAUAUGUCUGGGGUGGUGAUGCUCUCACAUUCUCGGGCGCCGACCUGGUCUGGGUCGACCACGUCACAACGCAAGACCUGGGUCGCCAGCACUAUGUUUUUGGCCAGACCCCCAGUCACCGGAUUACCCUGUCCAACAACGACAUCAACGGAAACACCAACUAUUCCGCCGGGUGUGACACGUACCACUACUGGACCAUCGAGCUGGCGGGGACGGACGACCAAAUCACCUUCAAGAACAACUACGUCCGCCAUACUGCCGGUCGCUCUCCAGCUCUGUCGGGCAGCACCCUCUUCCACGCGGGGAUUCCCCCCUUGUGCCGAGGGUCGGCUGAACUCGCUCAGCAGGCGCUGUCCAAGUGCCCCGACACCAAGGUUGUCCUGUCAGGCUACAGCCAGGGCGGACAACUCGUCCACAACGCGGCCAAGCUGCUGCCGGCCAAUAUCGCAGAGAAAAUCGCGGCUGCUGUCACAUUCGGGGAUCCAGAUAACGGCCAGUCCUUUGCCAACAUCCCCGCUGGAAACGGCAAGAUCUACUGCCAUCCCCUAGACAACAUCUGCCAGAACGGUGUCAUAAUCACGGCGUUUCAUUACUCGUAUUCAACGCAAUAUGUACCUGCAGCUGCAGACUUUGUGGCGUCAAAGUUGUCAUGA